AUGUUGGACCUCAAUGAUUUUGUCGCCGAGCGCGGUGGUGACCCCAAUAAGAUCAAGGAGAGCCAGCGCAGACGCCAUGCCCCAGAGGAGACUGUGGACGAAGUGAUCGCACUGUACGAGGAGGCCCGCCAAGCCCGGUAUGCGGUUACACAAAUUGGCUCCGAGCUCAAUGCUCUCAUGAAGCAGAUCGGCAUGAAGAAGAAGAACAAGGAAGAUGCGAGCGACCUGAUCAGCCAGAAGACCGAAGUCGACAUGAGAAAAAAGCAGGCCGAGGAUGCAGCUCUUGCAAAGGAAAUGGAGCGGGACCGUAAGAUUCGAACAAUUGGAAACUAUGUUCACGACUCAGAUGACAACCAGGUCAUCAAGACUUGGACCCCUCCAGAUGCCGUUAUGCAGCGGCCCGAUUGUCUCUCCCACCACGAGGUUCUGACUCGCCUGAACGGAUAUGACCCUGAGCGUGGUGUCAAGAUUGUUGGCCACCGAGGAUAUUGUUUGACUGGCUACGGUCUCUUCCUGAACCUAGCCCUUGUCAACUAUGGCCUGGAGUUUCUCUUCAAGAAGGGUUACCAGCCCAACCAGCCUCCGCAAUUCAUGCUCAAGGAGCUUAUGGCUAAGACCGCGCAACUGGAGCAGUUCGAUGAGGAAUUGUACAAGGUGACCGAGGGCGAGGACAAGUCCACCGAUAAGUAUCUCAUUGCUACCUCUGAGCAACCGCUCUCUGCACUUCAUAGCAGCGAGUGGUUGCAGGAGAGUGACUUGCCCAUCAAGUACGCUGGCUACAGUACCUGCUACCGCAAAGAAGCUGGUGCCCAUGGUAAAGAUGCAUGGGGCAUUUUCCGUGUUCACCAGUUUGAGAAGAUCGAACAAUUCGUGUUGACCAAGCCGGAGGACUCAUGGCAAGCGUUUGAGGACAUGAUGGCCACCUCGGAGGAGUUCUACCAGUCUCUGGGACUCCCAUACCAAGUCAUGGCUAUUGUGUCGGGUGCACUAAACAACGCGGCAGCUAAGAAGUACGACUUGGAGGCUUGGUUCCCCUUCCAGCAGGAGUACAAGGAACUCGUCUCCUGCUCCAACUGUCUCGACUACCAGUCCCGUGAUCUAGAGAUCCGCUUUGGUGUCAAGAAGGCUACCGAUCUGAAGAAGACCUACGUCCACGCGCUGAAUGCUACCUUGUGUGCCACCGAGCGGACACUUUGCUGCGUUCUCGAGAACUACCAGCGGGAAGAUGGUAUCGAGGUUCCCGAAGUUCUGCGGAAAUACAUCCCUGGAAACCCCGAGUUCCUUCCAUACGUCAAGGAACUUCCCAAGGAUACGACGUCACAGAAAGUCAAGGCCAAGCAAGCCAAAGGAACUGACGAGGCGGCCAAAAAGAUGCAGGAUCUCAAAGUCUAG